AUGGCCAGUGGCUCAAGCGGUUCUCGUUCAGGCGAUCAGGCUAGCGGUAUGUCGGCGCGUAUAUACGAUGAAGUGCACGCGCUUUCGCGAUUCGAAAUAAAACCCAUACCUUUUUGGAAAACGAAGCCGGAUCUAUGGUUUGUGAAGAUAGAAGCCCUGUUCCGUAUAGCGGAUAUAACGGUAGACGUAAUCAAAUACAAUUAUGUGAUACAGUGCCUUGACGACACUUCUCUGACAGUGGUUAGUGACUUUGUGCUUAAACCUCCCGCGGCAGAUAUAAAGUACCUCAUUCUCAAAUAUAGGUUAAUCGAAAAGUUCGCGAAAGAAAAUAGUGCCGAAAGAAAACUGCGUGAAUUGUUAGAUGAGGUUGAUCUAAGCGAUCGCCGUCCGUCACAGGUGCUUCGCAGAAUGAGGGACCUUGCGCAAAACAGCGUGUCUGAAGAAGUACUUAGGUCCUUAUGGUUGCAGCGCCUGCUACAACAAAUACAGGCUACUUUAACAGCUACAAAAUAUGAUCUUGAGGAACUGGCAGACCGAAUAAUGGAUGUAUUACCCAUUGGUAAUAACACUGUCGCAACUUUAACACCAACUCAAGCUACCUCAAUGGAUUCGCAAAUGUCUACGCUGCUGGAUAGGGUAGAAAAACUGGAAACACAUUUAUCACGCAGCGAGUCACAUGUUUCAUCGGACCGUCAUUGCAGAAGCCGUUCAAGAUCCAAAUCGGAGAACCAUCUCUGCUGGUAUCACAUACAUUUUGGCAUAAAUGCUAUCAAUUGUACGCAACCCUGCGGCUGGUAG